UUGGCUCGGGGCGGAUGGGCUGCGGCCGGGCCGAGCCAACCCGUGGCGUGUUGCUAUGUGCUGAGCCGAGGGGAUAGGCGCGGGGGCGCGUCCGUCACCCCGCAGCCCCCGGCCCCGACGCGGAGGGAUGCAGAGUGGCGGCGACGGCAGUGGCGGAGUCUGUGGCUUUAAGAGCGCGCCCGGAGCCCGGGAUCCGGCCGGGCGGUCCUUCGCUGCUGCGCAACCCCGCGGAGCCAAGCUCAGCGCUGGCCGGACGGGGCAGCCUGCUGUCGGGCUGCUGAGAACCAGCCCUCGACCUCUGCCUGAGGGUCCUUCCUCUGAAGACAUCACCAGUGUGUGGAGCCUGCCGCACACCCACCCCUUGCCAAACCACGGCCUUUACCUGUGUCUUCCGGUGUUUCCCGUGCGACCCAUCCUGUGGGAGUGCCUCGUGGGCCACCCCGGAGUUCAGCCCACGUUCAGCAGCGCCAAUGGUGAAGAUGACAAGAUCCAAGACUUUCCAGGCAUACCUGCCCUCGUGCCAUCGGACCUACAGCUGCAUUCACUGCAGAGCCCACUUGGCCAAUCAUGAUGAACUCAUUUCCAAGUCGUUCCAAGGAAGUCAAGGACGAGCAUACCUCUUUAACUCAGUAGUUAACGUGGGCUGUGGGCCUGCGGAAGAGCGUGUGUUGCUAACAGGACUGCACGCCGUCGCAGACAUCUACUGUGAAAACUGCAAAACCACUCUGGGCUGGAAAUAUGGUUCAGUCUGCUCUUGGCAUCCUGUCGCACCCAGAGAAUCCAAGCCUCUCUAACUAGGCCACCUUGCUGCUGUAGUGUCAGAGAAAAGGUGACCUUGGGAGGGACUAACCCUAGCUUGGCCCAGAACUUCCAACCAGGGUAGCUGAAGGAACUGCAUCAUUGGAUGAAAACCACACUUUUUCAGUGCUACCCAGGAAUAUCUGUGGGAAUAAAGGCUCCAGUAAAAUGGAAGUUCACCUGCAGGCUUGUCUCCUGCCCUAAACCAAAGGCAUCUCAGUAAGAGAGAAAUCGCAAAGCAGUGCCUUGUCUUAGAGGCCAAUCUCUAGCCAGCUGCUCCUUCUGCAGAAAACAAGCCCCCACCUCUGCUUUCUGGGGGGGAACAUGAGCUCUCCUGGCCUCAGCAGCCCAGCUCCAGGCAGUUCCCUGCUUCCUUAUUUGUGACAUAUUAUUAAACUGUAAUCAUACCGUGCGUGGAGCCAGCCAGAGCAGUGCCUAUUAAUAGGGAGGUGAAGAAAGCUGAUUCAGGGGGAAGCUGACUUAGACUGGAGGGGAGAUCCUGGCCACCUUGGCCUACAAUCCUCAGCCAGAGGUCAGCGAGAUAGAGGGGGGUGGGAAGACCUGAGCUCUUCUCGUUCCUGGGCCGGAGUCAGCGCAAUCUGGAUUUCUUAACUUUGCAAAUAGAAACCUAAAGAAGUCCUGCUCCAAGGGAUAUGCAGCCGUCUUUCCCAGGUCCUUAGGGAGUCUCAGAGCCCUGAGGACAAAUAGCUUAAAUAGCUAUGACUCAGCAGAGCAGCAGCUCUUCCCUCUCAAUGUCAUCAGUCAGUGCGACUUGGAAAGGUGCUGGGCUACCUCCCUGUGGCCUCCCUCAAGUGGGAAGUCAGCUGCCCAGAGCUCUCCAUUGGCAGAGAUGGCUGAGUAGGGAGAUUCUAUUUCUAGCUUCUUGAUAAGGCUUGGGGAAGUGGGUGUUACAGAAAGAUGCCAGCGGAGAGGUGAAGGUCCACAGAGAAUGAAGGGCAUGUGCAGAAGGGCAUAAUAAUGUGGGAGAAAGUUUUCAAUAAUUUCUGAAAAUGCAAUGCCUUUUGCAGGGAGUUAAAUCUUAGCCGUUUGGUAGACUUGCCAUCAUCUGGCAGCUGGAAGCAAGCUAGAGUCCAAAAUUUGGCCCACAGCGUAUCACAGGAAAGCUACAACUGCUCCUGGAUGCUGGGUUCAGAGCAUCCCUUACUCUGUACCAGGCACAGAACACAUGCUCUACAGAUGUUGUGACAUUUCGUCUGCACCAACCCGCAGGUGGGUACUAUCACUUCUCUUCCCAGAGGGAAAAAAGUGAGAUUCAAAAAAGUAAAGUGACUUGGUCAAAGAUAGGAGUCAAAGAUAGGAGUCAAAACUAGGUCUGUCUGAGGCUAGAGGAAAAGCCAGGCUUUGUGCCCAAAGCACAUCCGAUCUUCUCUGCUGCUUCUACCUUGACCCAGUCGUCCCCGCUCCGUAGCUACACCAGUACCCGCAUGGAGGACAAGGUGAUAAAGGUCUGUGUGUGCGUGUUGCUGGGAGGUGCUGAGAAGUGGGUCAGUGGUAUGUUGUCAUCUUCUCCCCUUCCUUUCAGUUGGUUAGGCAUGCCUAGGUAUGUUUCCUCAAAGUAGAUUCACUUUGGUUCCCAGAUCUCUGAAGAAGGAGGUUCAGAUGAAGUUAGGAUGUGGGAGAUUUUUUUUCCCCCUUCCUACCUAAAAAUAACUACUAAGCACCUAUUGGGCUCAGCUCUGGGUGGCCUGGGCACGUUCAGGUCAUAGAACAAUUGAAUGGUGUCAUUGAUCUGGUAUUUUUCUCUGCUGUUUUGCACGUUUCCUAGGAACUAUCCGCAUGUGUAUAUCUCUUUAGAGUUACACAGGUGUCAUAAUCUUAUAGGCAUCUAUAAAAUACCUCUUCACAGAAAAGAAAGAAAUGACUUUCCUUCCUUGUCAUGUGGGCCACUUUCCGAACCUGAAAGAGAUCCUGGGGCCCCAAACAUCAGGUCCUAAGCUCUAGCAAAUACAUCAGGUGAGAGUUUCGGCCCCCAGCUCUCAGGGUGGCUCCACAGAGAUGGGACCAGACCAGGCUUGGGUGAUUUCCAAGUCCUCAGGCAAUAGAGCAUCUAAGUGAUUGUUUUGGGGUCUUAUGCAUUCUUUUGGUCAAUUCUCUUUUCUUCCUUUUUUUUUUUUUUUUUUGAAAGGCAAACAAGUAGCCUGACAAACAGCAAUGACAGUCAACAGGAUGGUGGCAGCAUCCAUGUUCAGACAGCAGCCUCCUCUCACUGUACUCAAAGUUAAUUAAUUCCCACUCUACCUUGAACUAGGUCACCUGCAGGUCUGUGCUGGGGCCUGACCCGGCUGGCAGGGGAGGGUAUUUCUAAUCUGGCUCUCGGUGUGCUGUUCUGGGCGUGGGGGUGGAGAAGAGGGUAUGUUUCACCUUUGCGUGGGAUCGUCUCUCCUCUUCUCCUACUGGGAGGUGACCGUUUUCAGAUCUGUAGGUGGGGAGGAAAAUCUUCUCUUCCAAAAAUAAUCUCUUUCUGCAGUGGGGUUUGAAGCUGGACCAGGCUGCUUGUGCUAUUUUUACCCAGCUUGCAGUUCAGGGUGUAAAUAGCAACUCUGGCUGUUUUUUUUCCCACAGCUGACAACAGAGUCGACCUCUUCGAGGCAAAGGCAUUCUGGCGUUUUGCAGAGAGGAAACCCAGCAAAGAUUGUCCUCGGGCCCCGGGGAUGAUUCCUUGACCACUGGGUCAGUACGUAAACAGGGGUGGCAUCUCUGUGGUUUUAUCGUCUCCGGCUCAGCUGUAAACACUAAGCCCCAGAUAGCUGCUUGGCUGAGGCUGAUUUUCCAGAAGCUCAAUGCGGAAUCACGAGGGAGAGGCCAGCGCACAAGUCUCGAGUUUUGGCCUGAGCACUGACGGUUCCAGGAGCUUGAGCAGCUCCAGGCCCCCUCUGGCUGCCUCCUUGCCCUGCCUCUUGCAUUGGUAAACACUUCCUCCAAGGUUGCUGCCCUUGGAGGGUUUCUUGCCCCAAACUCACCAGAUCAGGAGCUAAGGAAAGAUGGGGGGAAAAAAUCCACUUGAGGCUGCUCAGAUGACAGAAUGUCUCUAACAAUAGAUACCUCCUACUUCUCAAGUAGGCCCCGCAGUCUUCAGUGUUGGAAAGUGUCAUUUAGAGGUCAUGGUAGGGGAACCGGCUCCCUUCAUGUUGCAUGUGAGCAGAAGCUGUGAGAAACUAACCAAAGCCUUGGAUUAUGCCUCCAGUUGGCUUGGGUGAGGUGGGUGGGAAGUUCAGCUUUACCACGGACCUUCACUACUGCCGAUGAACAAGAUAAACCAGAGAAGACUGAGACGUGUCCAUCACAGCUGGCAAUUCCCCAAUUGCUUCUCGUCAGGGGAAUGAAUAAACUUCAGUGGCUUUUCUCUGAGGCCAAGUUUUUUACCCAAAUCUUUCCCUGGGGUCUUUGGUCUGAAAUUAGAAAGGGCUUAUGAGUCAGCUCCUUGCUAUGAAUUACACAGCAAGUCCUUAUGGAACUGCCCGUUCCCUUUCUCUAGGUACACAUCAAGUAGAGAAUUUCUCAAAUAUCUACCAUCUACUCAGAAUUGGGCAUUUAGGCACACGUUUCAAGUUUCAGGUUCUUCCAGCAGAUGAUGUGGGGGCUAAGAAAAGGACUGGAGGACAGGUAAGCAGCUGAGUAAUCCCCAAAUCUGCUUUUUUGGAAGUGGUUUCUGCGUAGCUCCUUGAAAUUGAUUGUGGGCAGCUGUUAAUUGCAAAACGCAUUGCCAAUUAUUGAUAGCUAAAGUGGCAUUGGAGAGCUUCUCAUGGUACAAAUUGGGGCAGGUAAUAGCUAAGAAAAGAGCUUUGCAUUUGCUAAGAGAGGAUGGGAACAUGUUAUUUCAAUCUGGGUCUCCAUCGUUGGCUUGGGUUCUCUCCCAGUUCUGGCCAGUGACCUCCAGCAAGAAGUCCAUUAAGGGAGCUUCUCAGGAUGAGAUCAAAGCUUUGUCUUAGCAGCCACAUAAGAGGAGAUCCAUGCUGGCAUCAGGGCAUCCUGGUCCUCACUGUGUUCAGAGUCACAUUAAACAUCCAGCACCACAGUUUUCAGUAAAACCUAUUAAAUUGUACAUGUAUUGUAGGCUAAUGGGGGGGUUGUUAUUGUCCAGUUGAUGUAAUUUAUUUGUCGACCAAACUUCAAAUUAACAAACAAUGUUUUUUUUGGGAAAGCCUCUUGAAGCCUGAAUGGGAAAUGUUUACCUUAAAAAACAAACAAACAAAAAACCCCAAAACAAAACAACAAACAAACAAAACCUGGAGCAGGAUAAAGUGCCCUGGUGAAUAAAACAAAAAGCACGUGGCAACAAACUGACCAUUUGUUUCGGAAAAUGCCUCCAGCCCCAGCCUUGACACUGGCAAAACUGGGAACAGUAACAGACUUCCUGUCAAGUAUUUCCCUAGAUUUCCUGGAAUCCAAUCUGAAGUGCCGUUUCCCCUGUGCCACCAAGGAGUUAAACUUUGGCUCUGCUCUCCGGUGACUAAUAGGCACCGUGUGGCUCUGAGAUCAGCGAGAAAGAAACUGACAGUCGGCGUGGGAAGUGUGUGAGAUUUCAGUGCUCUUGAAAUGCCUUUGAUGGGCAUGGUGUGCGAGCACAAGGACUAUUGCCACCUAGUGCCCUCAGUUGUGUACUUUUAUCAUGAAUUGUUGGUUCUUCCUUUGAAUUUUGCAUGAUUUUCAAUGAAGAUCUCGAAUUCCUUUGGGAGCUUGCUGUGACUGUGGUGUGUGAGCUAAUUCCACGGAGAAUGAUAUUGUAGACAGCAAACACAUUCCUUCACUUUGAAAAAUAACACAUUUUGAUUAAAAACAAAGCAGAUUCAACCGACCUGACCGAAUCACACUUGCCUUAUGUCAGGGAGACUUGUCUUUUCCACUCUUGCUGUUUUCUUCCUGGUGGAAGGAGCCCAAUUAGCAAAGCACGCCUGGUUUCUCUCCACCUCCUCAUUCCUCCCUGGGAAGGAGUGGUUCAGUAUGACUGGUGAGUUUCAAAGGAGAAUUUGUGCCUCAUAAUAUCUUCUCUUCCUUUCUUCUUGGGAGAUGAUACUGCUCCCCCAGGAUGGGGCCCAGCUGCCUGUCGCUGAGUGGUCAGCUCUGCCUAAUUCUGAGUUUGAAUACUGUGAAGCUCUUUUGCCAGACAAUAUAAGCCACAUUCUCUAAUAUCAGCUUUAUUAGUAAUAAAGGACACUUUUGGUCCUCAUCUAGCUUAUGGCUAUUUACCUCUGAUUUAGUUCAAAACUCACAGAGAAAGUAGGGGGUGGGGAGCGACUGCUUUUGUGGCCUCCUCAAAGACCCUCACGUGUUUACUCCAUCAAAGACCCUUGGAGGUUAGAAACAGCCUUGUGUUGGGGUAAGAUCCUGGCUUCCGGAGCCACAUCACCACUUUCCUACAGAAUACUAGGUUCCUUCGUUGUCAGAUGAGUAAAGGGGAGUUUAUAGAAGGUGUUCCUUCCAGCUGAAAUGUUUCCAUUCAAAAUUUGUUUAUUGAAUGCCUACUAUGUGCCAAGGGUGAUCAAGGUGGACCCUCUCUGCUGUCACAAAGUUUAUAGUCUAACUAGGGUGUAUCAAUUAGAAAUUUUAAUGUUCCGAGCGAAAUAAAACAACCUCAAACAGG